AUGGAUAUCUUAAACCCUGUAAUUAUUGUUGGCGGAGGAUUAGCUGGAUUAUCAGCUGCCCAUAAAUGUUACCUUAAUGGAUCCAAUGUGAUCUUAGUAGACAAACAAUCAUUUUUGUCAGGAAAUUCAGGCAAAGCAACUUCAGGUAUUAAUGGAGCUUUAACCAAUACUCAGAUUGAACAAGGUAUUAAAGAUUCAGUUAAAACCUUCUAUGAUGAUACUUUGACUAGUGCUAAAGACAGAGCCAAUCCUUCAUUGAUCAAGGUUUUGGUUUCACAAUCAGCAGCUUCAGUUCAAUGGUUACAAGAUUAUUUCAAUUUAGAUUUAACUGUAGUUUCACGUUUGGGUGGUCAUUCUCAACCUAGAACUCAUAGAGGUAAAGAUUCUAAGUUCCCAGGUAUGGCUAUAACUUAUAAGUUAUUGGAAACUUUGGAAGAUUUGGCCGAUGCUGAACCUAAGAGAGUUAAGAUCUUGAAGAAUACUCAAUGUAUCAAUCUUAUUAUUGAAGAAGGUAAAGUUGAAGGAAUUGAAGUUAAAGACUUAAAGCUGAAAUCAAAAUCAAAAUUGAUGGGUCCAGUCAUUAUGUGUACUGGGGGAUAUGCUGCAGAUUUCACCAAAAAUUCCUUACUUCGUAAGUAUCGUCCUGAUAUUUAUAAUCUCCCUUCAACUAAUGGAGUCCAUGCCACUGGUGAUGGUCAAAAGAUCAUGAUUAAGAAUAACGCUAGUAGUAUUGAUAUGGAUAAAGUCCAAGUACAUCCAACUGGGUUGAUCCCUUACAAUGAUAAGGAUGUAAUUGAAGGUGUUACCACACCUCGAUUCUUAUUCUUGGGUGCUGAAGCUUUACGUGGAGAAGGAGGUAUCAUGUUGAACAGUCAGGGUAGAAGAUUUGUCAAUGAAUUAGGUACCAGAGAUUAUGUUUCUGGAGAAAUGUCUAAACAAGAAGGACCCAUUAGAUUGAUUUUGAAUGAAAAAGCCGCUUCAAACUUACAAUUUCAUGUCAAGCAUUAUGAAGAAAGAGGGUUGAUGAAGAAAAUGAACGGUAAGGAAUUAGUGCAAUCUAUGGGUGUUGAACAAUCUGUCAUCGAAGAAGAGUUCAAGAAAUAUAAUGAAAAAAAUGACAAUUUCGGUAAACAAUACUUCCCCAACUUACCCUUGACUUUUGGUACGGAUGAAAUCUAUCAUGUGAGUUUCGUUACUAGAGUCCUUCACUUCACUAUGGGAGGAAUUAAAAUAAACGAUAAGUCCCAGGUUUUGAGUGAUGAUGAUGUAAUCGAAGGUUUAUAUGCCGCAGGAGAAGUUGCAGGAGGUGUUCAUGGUCAUAACAGAUUGGGUGGGUCGUCAUUAUUAGCCUGUGUUGUCUUUGGAAGGUUAAGUGCUGACCAAUGUUGUAAUUAUUUGUUACAAAAAUUGUCUAGCCAAUCCAAUGUUCCUGGGGUCAACAGAUUACAACAAAUCUCCUUACAUUUACAACCAGGGAAGGUUAUAGUUGAUUAUGGUGAUACAGCAAAAGAACCUCCAUUAGAACAAUCACCAAAAUCCGAACCAAAAGCUCUGGAAGCACCCAAAGAUUCGGAAUCUCCUUCCAUUCCUGAUAAACAAUUCACUAUGGAUGAUAUUGCCAAACAUAAUAAACCUGAUGAUUGUUGGUGUGUGGUCAAAGGUGUUGUACUUGAUUUGACCUCAUUCCUUGAUGACCAUCCAGGUGGUAAACAAUCUAUCUUGAACUUUGCAGGUAAGGAUGCUACCACCAAUUUUGAAAUGUUACAUGAUGACAGUGUUGUUAAACGUUAUGCCCCACAAUGUAUCAAAGGUACAUUAAAAGGAGUUAAACCAACAUUGAAAUUUUAG